AUGUCUAGCAAGGGAGAGCGCCUGAAAGAUGAGGGCUCAAAGCUUCAGGUGGUGAUUGCCGGAGGGACGGCAGGGCUGAUUGCGCGCUUCCUGGUCGCGCCGCUCGACGUGGUCAAGAUCCGGUUGCAGCUGCAGACGCACUCGCUCUCGGACCCACGGUCGCAGCUGAACCUGCACGGUGGCCCGACGUACAAAGGCACGCUGCCGACGAUGCGACACAUUAUCGCGCACGAGGGCCUGACCGGCCUGUGGAAGGGCAACGUGCCGGCCGAGCUGAUGUACGUGUGCUACAGCGCGAUCCAGUUCACGGCCUACCGGACAGCCACGCUGCUGGUGCAGCAGGCGGCCGGCGGCCCGGGCGUGCUGCCGCCGAGCAUUGAGUCGUUCGUAUCGGGCGCGGCAGCCGGCGCAGCCGCCACCACGGCCACAUAUCCGCUGGAUCUCUUGCGCACGCGCUUCGCAGCCCAGGGCUCCAAGGACCGUGUCUAUACGAACUUGCGCCACGCUGUGCGCGAGAUUGCCCGCGAUGAGGGUCUGCGCGGCUUCUUCCGCGGCCUCGGCCCUGCCAUCCUGCAGAUCGCCCCCUUCAUGGGCACCUUUUUUGCCGUCUACGAGGGCCUGCGCGCGCCGCUGCUGCGCGCUCACCUGGCUGACCGGCUCCCGUUUGGCGGUGGUGAUGCGGCCGCUGGUGCCGUUGCUGCCGUCGCCGCCAAGACCGCCGUCUUCCCGCUCGACCUCGUCCGCAAGCGCAUCCAGGUCCAGGGCCCGACGCGCGGCCGCUACGUCCACAAGAACAUCCCCGUCUACGACGGCAGCGUCGGCCGCACCCUGCGCAAGAUCGCCCGCCGCGAGGGCAUCCGCGGGCUCUACCGCGGGCUCACCGUCAGCCUGCUCAAGGCUGCUCCCGCCAGCACCAUCACCGUGUGGACCUACGAGCGAGUGCUGCACCUGUUGAUGCGGCUAGACAAGCACGACUGA